AUGCAUCAAGGAGAGAGAGUGGAGGAGAAGAAGAAAAGGGAAGUAGCCACUUCCUUGGUGGGGCUCCUCCUUUUAUUUUUUUUCAAGAUGAAGAAAACACAAAACCCAGUUGUAAACUCUACAGAAAUGUCCACCGGACCCACCACCACGACGGCCCCCGCCGCAGCCGUAAAUGGUAAUCAUCACAGCCACCACCAUUACCCUCCUACAAGCUCAUCCUCUUCCUCCGCCUCCUUCCGUGGCUGUUGCUGUUGCCUUUUUCUCCUCUUCUCGUUUCUUGCUCUAUUAAUCGUUGCUGUUAUCCUUGUAAUUGUACUGGCUGUAAAACCGAAGAAACCUCAGUUCGAUCUCCAACAGGUGGGGGUUCAGUACAUGGGCAUCAGUCCCACCACCCCUUCCUCUGCCGCCGUCUCCCUCACUAUCCACAUGCUAUUCACUGCCGUCAAUGACAACAAGGUCGGAAUCAAAUACAGUGAGUCCAAGUUCACUGUCAUGUACCGCGGCAUCCCUCUGGGUAGGGGCAUCGUUCCCGGAUUUUAUCAACCCGCGCACAGUGUCCGGCAGGUCGAGACUACUAUCUCCGUCGACCGGGUUAGCUUACUUCAGACUGAUGCUGCUAAUUUGAUAAGAGAUGUUUCGUUGAAUGACCGGGUCGAGUUGCGGGUCGAGGGUGAUAUCGGUGCUAAGAUCCGGAUUCUUGGGUUCACUUCACCUGGUGUGCAGGUAUCGGUGGAUUGUGCGAUAGUGAUCAGUCCUAGAAAGCAAGCUGUAACAAGCAAGCAGUGUGGAUUCGAUGGCCUCAGUGUAUGA